CAAUCAGCGUUUUUCUGGGGCUACGUUUUGCCUCAAGUGGGAGCGGGCUGGUUAGCCUCCCGAUAUGGCCCAAAAUGGUUUCUCGUUGCAACCAUGGGCGUGGGUUCCAUAGCGGGGAUCUUCAUACCGACCGCAGCCGCCUGGUACGGCUCUACAGGUGUCAUGGUAUGCCGUGCUGUCCAGGGACUGAGUCAAGGGUUCGUAUUCCCUUCCGUCCAUGGCUUGCUGGCCAGAUGGGUGCCGAAAAGCGAGAGGAGUCGAUUGGGCACUCUUGUGUAUGCAGGAAAUAUCCACACCAUGGAUCAAGAUUAUGACUUCUUUACCAUUCUGGGCCCUUGUUGUAGCACAGUCUGGCUUUGUUUGGGGUUACUGGACUCUUCAAACACAAACACCAAUCUACAUGAGCAGCGUGAUGAAGUUCGACUUGAAGUCGAAUAGUGCCCUGUCAGCUCUUCCUUAUCUCUCACAACUAGCAACCAGCCCAUUGUUCAGUUGCAUUUCAGAUGCGUUAAUCAAUAGGGCUGUCUUCAAUGUAGCAACUAUGAGGAAGAUAAUGACAGUUCUUGGUUUGUUCAUACCCGCGAUUGCCUUGGUUUUGGUCGCAAACAUCCGCACCGAUCAAUGGGGUUCAGCUGUGGCCUUGCUGGUGGCCGCUGUGGCCUUCAACAGCGCCUGCAUGAGUGGCUUCAUCGUCAAUCACAUGGACCUAUCGCCCAACCAUGCCGGCAUCCUCAUGGGCAUCUCCAACACGGUUUCGCACUUAUGUGCUAUUUUGGCAUUGCUGUUCGCACAAUUCGUGGUCACGGACGAGGUAAGAAUCAUAAGAAUAAUAUAGUUGUGAGAGUAUGAUGGAGAAGAAAAUCGUUGAGAGAAUUCUUAAUGGUAAAAAACUAUACUUUCUCGACUGAUACCACUGAAUAUUCAAUCACUUAUAUAGAUACCUAUGUCAAAUAUCGGGAGUGCCUAAUUUGUAGAAGAUUAACAUAUUGUAU